AUGGAGGGAUACGUGCAGAAGAGGUUUCACUCUCUCCUCAAGACCUUCUCAGACCUCCAGGCAUGGAGCAGCAGCCCAGUCUCUCAGACCGAGCGCUUGCUAGACAAGCUCUACGCCGGCAUGCAACGAAAGACCACCCGCCUCAUCAGCAUCAUCGACCUGGAGGGCCAAGACUCGCUCCUGGAGCGGCUCCUGUGCUUCAGAGAGGAGGAGCGGCCGGAUGACGAGCUCUGCCUGCACGUCAUGACCUCAGAGAGCUGGGGGGCUCGUAGCAAGGACGAGGCUGUCUCGGGCCGGGCGACAGGCGGGAGCUUGACUCGUGCUAGGAUGAAAGCGAUAGAGAGGAGAAGAGGGAGAGGCUCUGACAGCAGCACGAGACAAGAGACACGCAAGGCGGAUCAAGCCGUCUUGCUUGGCGAGGGAGGAGGCGGUGACGACGAGGGUGCUCGGGAGCUAGUCAGGCGAGUGAUGGAGCUUGCUCUAGAGGGAGGUAGAGCGGACGAGAGCUUCUCGAGGCGCAACAGGUCAGUCGAGGUAUCGCUCCCAGAGCUUCGAGGACAGUCGGACGGAGCGGAGCUUCGAGGCAGACUUGAUCUUCCUGGAGCAUCCUCGGUGUACGGGCUGUGCAUGGGGCUCAACGACUACCAGGGAGAGCUCAAGCCGCUUGCGAGGGCCGUGGCAGCUGCGACGGAGCUGCAUGAGAAGCUCUGCUCACUCCCGCAGUGUCACUCGGUCUUGAGCUCGAACCCAACUUUGUCCGCGAUGAAGAGGUACCUCAGGAGGAGUCUGAGGGAGCUAGAGGGAGCGUGUCCGGAGCUGGUGAUCUUCUUCUACGCGGGCCAUGGCAUCUAUGAGUCAAGGAGCAAGGAUCAGAUGUUGAUACCGACGGACGUGGAGGAAGUGAGAGGGUUAUCAUUCCGGGAGAUGGGUGAAAUGAUGCUUUCAAUGGAGGAGGUUUUCAAGUUCUUCAGGGACUUCGAGCAAGACGUAUCAGGAUAUCAUCCGAGGGUGCUUGUGGUCAUAGACGCUUGUCGGGACGAGAUCGAGGGAGUGUCAGAAGGUCUGCCGCAAGAUCCGGAAGUGAAGGCGCUGCCCAAGCAUUGGACUCUGCUGCUGACAUGCGGCAAGGGCAAGACAGCAAGCGACGAGUCGAAGCUGUUUGAGUCGCUUCUGGAUGCAGAGACAGGGAUGUUCGCUUGCAACAGACCGCUAGACAGCGUCUUACUAGACUGUGCGAGGAGAUGCAAAGAGUCACAACCUUGUGUAUUGAUGAACAUUUAUGACAUUCCGGAAGGCUUCUGCCUGGUGAGCGACGGCGAGGCUCUGAGAGACAUCAGGAGCAGUACAGCUGCACUGCAUGCUGCCAAGGAUGUCGUAUCGAGCUAUCCUCCCCUCACAGACACGUCCAAGGCAGACACGUACGUGCUGGCUUACAGCCCUGAGGACGCCAAGUCUUUCAGAGACAGGGCGAUGGAGGCGGUGAAGUAUUUCCUUGGAGAGCAGCGAGCGGGAUAA